UGACGUCAUUCGGCCAAUCGCCUCUCUACAGGGGCUUUCCAUCAUGGCGUCUAUGCAGAAAAGAUUACAAAAGGAAUUGAUGGCACUGCAAAGUGAUCCACCACCUGGAAUGACACUAAAUGAGAGAAGUGUACAGAACACAAUCACGGAGUGGUUUAUAGAUAUGGAGGGUGCACCAGGUACUCUUUACGAGGGAGAGAAAUUUCAACUCCUUUUCAAAUUCAGUGGUCGAUAUCCUUUUGAUUCACCUCAGGUAAUGUUCACUGGAGAGAAUAUACCCAUUCAUCCACAUGUCUAUAGCAAUGGUCACAUCUGUUUAUCUAUUUUAACGGAGGACUGGUCGCCCGCUCUGUCUGUGCAGUCUGUUUGUUUAAGCAUUAUUAGCAUGUUGUCAAGCUGCAAAGAAAAGAGACGCCCUCCAGAUAACUCCUUUUAUGUAAAGACGUGUAAUAAGAAUCCAAAGAAAACAAAAUGGUGGUAUCAUGAUGAUACCUGCUAGUAUCUAAGUGCACCAUUUUGAUAUAGACUUUUAAGGUAAAGUACUUUAUUAUUUUGAGUCUUUGAAUUAAGACUGAACCAGCGGACCCUGGCAAUUUGUGUAUGGAUUGAGGACACACUUCUGCUGACUGGGAAAAGUGCAAAGAAACUGCAGGAAUGUAACCCACCCAGCAAGGAUAUUUUGAUGGAAGCAAGUUGUGGGGAUUAUCUUUUUUUUUUUUUUUUUUUUUGUAAUGUUUGAAUUAUGUUGUAUUGUUUUCUUUUCAUAAAAGGGUUUACACUGUUUGUGCAAUAAUAUCUUAAGUGUGGGUUUGGAAUAAAAAGAAAGUCAGUGCAAAUCAGAAAACGAACUACUGUUAUGAAUAAAUCAUCAAAAGCAGAGAAAAAUAUCUAUCUCUGCCUUGCUUAGGCAUGCACUGUGACAUUUGAACAGGGAAAAGAUUUUAAUUAAUAUUUUAUCUGUAUAUUUAAAACAAAAUUUUCUUUUAAGAAAUAAGCCAUUUUAAGUUGAAUAUUGUAGUUUGGUGUAGUGUAUAGUACUUGGUCUGAUAAAAGUACAAUUUAUUUAUAUCUACAGAUUUGAUGCAGGGUGAUAAUCAUAUUACAUUAUCUGAAAGGUAAUUUGAGAUUACACAGAAAUGUUUUAUGGGUUCAUUUUUAAGCACUGAUUUUAUAGAUGGACCCACAUUUUGUGAAGUUAAAACAAAGAGAUAACUAUAAACAUAAUUACUCAAUCUUUCAUGUGAAACUCUAGCUAAUCUAGCUAUUAUAAAAUGGGCUCUUUUAAAAAGAUUACUUUUCCCUGCUAUUAGCUUUAGAAAAUUAACAAUUUGUGUUCAUGGUUUUGUUAUAACUUUAUUUAAAAGAAAUGUUCAUAUUAAAGUAAUAUAUUUUAAAAUGUUGUCAUGUAUUUUAUAAUUCUAAUGUGAUUUAUAAAUAUGUGCCAUUCAACUGUAUAUAAUGAUGUAAUUAUGUACACAAAAUAGGCAAAUUGAUGGUACCUACACUGUGUGUUUGGUAUAAUCAUGGUUUAAUUUUGGUAAUACCAAAUGUAUUUUUCAAUUUUAAUGAAUACUGCCGGUUCAAUACAAGAUAAGCUCAACCAACAUCAUUUGUGGCAUAAUGUUGAUUACCACAUAAAAUAAUUUAGACUCCCUCCUGUUAUCAAAGUUACAGUGAGGCACUUGCAAUGGAAGUGAAUAAGGAAAAUUUUGAGAGGGUUUAAAGGAAGAAGUGUGUAGUUUAUAAUUUUAUAAAAGUUUUAACAUUAAUUGUUCUGUUAAAACUUUUGUGUUAUUUGAGCUGUAAAUUUCUUUAAAUCGUAGAUUUUUAUGGUCGUUUUAGGGUUUCCGCAUUACAUUGUCAUGGCAAAGGAGUUGUAAAAUUGAAUAUAAUUUUAUACAGAAAAGGUUAGUUAGUAAGCUAUUUUAUCACACUAAAAUCAUGUUAACACGCAUAUUGUUUAUGUCUCCUUGCUAAACUUUUUAAACGGUUAGUGUUUUAAAGGGAUAGUUCACCCAAAAAAAUACAAUUUUUCAUCAUUUACACACCCUCAUGCCAUCCAGGAUAUGCAUGACUUUCUUCUGCUGGAUAAAUACAGAAUUUUAGAAUUUAAUUUAGCAAUUAAAUGAUGGCCAGAACUUUGAAGGACUAAAAAGCACAUAAAGGCAGCAUAAAAGUAAUCUUUAAGACUAGUUAGUGGAUAAAUCCAUAUCUUCAGAAGCAAUAAGUGUUGGAAAGAUAAAGACAGAUUGUAGUAAUUAAGAUUAUGCCACAAAUGCUGUAAAUUGAUCUUAACUUGUCAUUAAACCCGAAUACACCUUGAAGGUCAAAUGUAUCAUUUCUGACAGAAAUGACCCACUUCACCAGUAACGUUAGUUAGUGAUUGAGUGCAGUUCUGUCCACUAGAGGGAAGUACAGUAUCGCAGACACUCACAGCAAAGCAGCAGACAAUUAUUGGGAAAGCGAGGUCAGUGAAGAGUAAUAUAGUUGGAGUCUAAAUUAGUA